UGCGUCAGCUCACUUUCUGCCGCUGUAAAUUAGUGCACUCUUUGGUUCGCCCAGCGUACAACGAUAGCGUAAAUCUUUCUACGGCUAGUGUGCUCUAGCAAAGGUGUUUGUCUAAUUCUGUGCGUAUUGCUCCUUCCCAUUAAUAACAUACACGUACUAGGAAAACAGGGGAGCAGUGGGUGCAGAUUUGCGACGUGAAAUAUCUUUGUCAGGCGCACCUCUAGCUCUUCGAAAGACGUGCACAUGCGUACUUUGUACAUUGUAAUGGUUUCAACAAUCGUUCUGUUUCCCAAACAGUGUUACUGUUUGUUUAAACCAUUAUUAAGAUAGUGCGAAUGAGAUUGAAAACAAUUUGGGUGUUGUAAUCUUUUGUUUUCAAUCUUGUUCUGAAAUGUUAAAGUCACAAAAUAUUAAAUUGAUGCGAUUCAAAAUUGUUUUACUUUAGAGAUGGAAAUGCGAAAUCUUUUAUAACUUAACUAAUCAAACAUACACAAGAUUUGGCAGUUCAUACAUAAGUUAUAGUUAGUAUUUGACAUUGUACAGUUUAUCAAUAACAUUUUGAAAUGUCCGAUUUGCUGUAUUUUGUGACUUGCGUAUGCGUAAUAUCAUUAGGAAUGAGAAACUAAUUUUCCACGUAAUAUGUUACACGGAUAUAAUUUUUAAAUAUUUUAAAUGAGUUAUGUAUUUUACAUUAAAGUAUAAAAUAUAUUGUGUGGAAAAUCAGAGAGAGUGCACUAAUAUUCACAAGCAAGUCAACCAGCCAUUAUUAACAACCACAUCCUGUUUGCUUCAACUACUUAGUUUACAUUUUCGAUUCUUGUGCUUGUAGUGAUUUAUAUACAUUACCAAAGGAAGAGGAUCAAAUAAGGCAGUAGUGUUUAUUUCACUAGUGGUAUGAUGUAGUGUUAUGUUUAUUUGUACUAUAAUUUAGUCAUCCACACGAUGCCUGCUAUACUCUGCUCGGAGACAGCUUGCUGGCAAUGUCGGCAAUGAUCCUCUCGAAUCACGAACAUUUUGAUUUGCAAUAUUAAUAUGAGUAAGACGAGAAUCCGGUGACAUAGUUUGACUCAAAAUGGACUAAUUGAAUAUUAUAUUUUCACAAGGUGUUGUCUGGUAAGACAGUAGGUGUGACCGCUGCUGUAUCUAGCUGGGUUACGGUUGGUACUACACUCGCUAAGCCGCCGAGAUGACCUCAUGCGCGCUGCAGGCUUGUUACUUGAAGGCCAUCGAAACAAGGCCAGACUUUGCGGUAGCAUGGAGUAACUUGGGAUGCGUUUUUAACGCUCAAAGCGAGAUCUGGUUGGCCAUCCAUCACUUUGAGAAGGCCGUGGCUUUGGAUCCAAAUUUCUUGGACGCGUACAUCAAUCUGGGGAAUGUGCUGAAAGAAGCAAGAAUUUUCGACAGGGCUGUGGCUGCGUACCUGCGUGCAUUAAACCUCUCCCCGAACAAUGCGGUGGUCCACGGUAACCUGGCUUGCGUCUACUACGAACAAGGACUUAUUGACCUGGCCAUCGACACCUACAGGAGGGCCAUAGAACUACAGCCAAACUUCCCCGACGCAUAUUGCAAUUUGGCAAACGCUUUGAAAGAGAAAGGGCAAGUGACAGACGCAGAAGAAUGCUACAACACGGCGUUGCGCUUGUGUCCUUCCCACGCGGAUUCUCUCAACAAUCUCGCCAACAUCAAACGUGAACAGGGAUACAUUGAAGAAGCGACACGCCUUUACCUUAAAGCUCUGGAGGUGUUCCCAGAGUUCGCCGCCGCUCACAGUAACUUAGCUUCAGUAUUGCAGCAACAAGGGAAGCUCAAUGAAGCUCUUAUGCAUUACAAAGAGGCGAUCCGCAUUCAGCCGACGUUUGCUGAUGCGUACAGUAACAUGGGUAAUACUCUCAAAGAAAUGCAAGAUGUAGCGGGUGCUUUACAGUGCUACACUAGAGCUAUUCAGAUAAACCCAGCGUUUGCCGACGCUCACAGCAAUCUCGCCAGUAUUCACAAAGACUCUGGAAAUAUCCCAGAAGCUAUACAAUCUUACAGGACUGCAUUGAAACUGAAGCCUGACUUCCCUGAUGCGUAUUGUAAUUUAGCGCACUGUCUGCAGAUUGUGUGCGACUGGACUGAUUACGAAGCUCGUAUGAAGAAGUUGGUCAGCAUCGUGGCUGAACAGCUGGAGAAAAACAGGCUGCCAUCUGUCCACCCGCAUCACUCGAUGUUGUAUCCACUGACGCACGAAUUCAGGAAGGCUAUCGCGGCGCGACACGCCAACUUGUGUUUGGAGAAAGUACAAGUCCUUCACAAGCCGCCGUAUAAAUUCCCGCGCGAGCUGAGUGGGCGUUUGCGUAUUGGAUACGUGAGCAGCGAUUUUGGGAAUCACCCCACUUCGCAUCUCAUGCAGUCUGUGCCUGGAUUACACGAUCGAGGCAAAGUAGAAAUCUUCUGCUACGCUCUGAGCCCAGAUGACGGCACCACAUUCCGUUCUAAGAUCGCCAGAGAAGCGGAACACUUUAUUGACUUAUCACAAGUACCGUGCAACGGUAAAGCUGCGGAUAAAAUCUACGGUGAUGGGAUUCACAUUCUUGUCAACAUGAAUGGUUACACGAAGGGAGCUAGGAAUGAGAUAUUUGCGCUAAGACCGGCGCCUGUUCAAGUGAUGUGGUUGGGCUACCCGGGUACCAGUGGGGCGAGUUACAUGGACUAUUUGGUGACCGAUGCUGUGACGUCACCAGUGGAACUAGCGAGUCAGUACAGUGAGAAGCUAGCGUACAUGCCGCAUACGUAUUUCGUAGGCGACCACAAGCAAAUGUUCCCACAUUUGCAGGAACGGCUUAUCUUGAGCGAUAAAGUGAAGUCUCACAACAACUUGGGCAGUGUAGCAGAUAACGUUGCGGUUAUCAAUGCCACGGAUUUAUCUCCUUUGGUGGAGAACACUGAUAUUAAGGAAAUCAAAGAAGUAGUCAGAGCCGCGCGACCUGUUGAAAUCUCACUGAAAGUUGCUGAAUUACCGACUACUACACCCAUCGAGACAAUGAUUGCUUCCGGACAAGUGCAGACAUCAGUAAACGGCGUAAUCCUCCAAAACGGCUUGGCGACAACACAGACGAACAAUAAAGCGGCCACCGGCGAAGAGGUCCCUCAAUCCAUAGUAAUCACUACCCGACAGCAGUACGGCUUGCCUGACGACGCGGUGGUAUAUUGCAACUUCAACCAGCUGUACAAGAUUGACCCGUUGACGUUGCAUAUGUGGGUGUAUAUACUGAAGCAUGUGCCCAACAGUGUGUUGUGGCUGCUGAGGUUCCCCGCCGUUGGUGAGCCAAAUCUUCAGGCUACCGCUCAGGCGUUGGGUCUCCCGCCCGGCCGUAUAAUCUUCUCGAACGUGGCCGCGAAGGAGGAGCACGUGCGUCGCGGCCAACUGGCAGACGUGUGCCUCGACACGCCGCUCUGCAACGGCCACACCACCAGCAUGGACAUACUGUGGACGGGGACGCCCGUCGUCACGCUGCCCGGGGAGACGCUCGCCUCCAGGGUUGCCGCCUCUCAACUAAAUACUCUUGGGUGCCCGGAAUUGAUCGCAAGGACGAGGCAGGAGUACCAAGACAUAGCUGUAAGACUAGGAACUGAUAGGGAAUAUUUGAAAGCAAUCCGAGCGAAAGUAUGGACGGCGCGUACGGACAGUCCACUCUUCGACUGCAAGGCAUACGCGACUGGCUUGGAGAUGCUCUAUGGCCGCAUGUGGACGCGGCACGCGCGCGGGGACCGCCCCGACCACAUCGCCGCCAUAGAGAAAUAGACCAGGGAACCCUGUCAGUGGACAGCCAAGAAACGACGGUGCUAGUGACAGUGCAGUGCAGUGACGUUUAUGUAAAGUGGAUUGUAAAUUGACUGUUGGAACUGUGAAGUGAUUGUUAGGUAACUAAACGCGUGUGAAGAUUAUCCCGUAUAUUACGACGUUGGAAUGAAGGUAUAACAGACAAAUCUAAUAAUGUAUUGCAUCUGGUAUUUCGACUGGUCAGGGGUUAAAAUUUUAAAAACUAUUAUGGUGAGUUUUUAGUCGACAUAAUUUGGAAUCAUUUUAUGAAUUAAUGUUGUACUAAUGUUAUUUAUCAAUCUAUUUGUCGUACGCACGUGUAAUGUUAGAUAAUUUAUUGAGCUCAGCAACAUUGCUGACAUAUAUAAGUAUGAUUUAUGGCCUUAGAAGUUUGUUUGUUUUGUCCUCUAACAACUCUUUGAUUUUCAAUCCCUGUGACUGAAAUACGUGGUUACAAUUCCUACGCACCGAAUUUGUAGUCGCGAGUUGAACAUAUUUUAACUAAGGACAGUGUAUUACAUUGUGUAAACAGACAUUCUGUCGCUACAAAUAGUGCAUUGAUAAUGGUGAUUCAAAUUUACGAGUGUCUCAGUGUAUUUUAGACUAUUCAAGUAUGAUAGGGACUUGGUUAUCCAUUUUGAGGCAGUGAUUGCUAUUACGUGAAAUAUAAUUGUCAGACUUAGAUUACGAUUAUUAUCAGAAAUCCUGAGAAAAUUGUAUGACAUUUGCUUUAAAUUUAGGUGAAAACUUACUAAAGAUAUUAACAUAUUGAACUUUGCUGUUUAUCUCUUUUCUUCUUUCUCUACUAGAUACUGUUUUCUAGUCACUAAGUAAAGGAUUUGAGUCUGCAUAAAAUUUCUGGCUUUCUAUGUCUAUAGCAAAUAUAUUUUUGAAGCAAUAACUAUGUAUACAAUACAAGUUGAAUAGAAGUGGCCUUGGUAGUACAGAUACUGCAAUAAUAUGUGAUGAUGUGUUUUGAGUCUCAGUAGCAUGUUAUUGUAAUUGACAAAUUAACUAUUAUAAAAUAUAAACAACCAAUGUUUUAAUAACAUUAAAGAUAAGAGAAUAUAACAAUGUCUAUUCAUGGGUAUUCCAUUUUGUAGAGCUGAGAACAAAGUAGCCGAUUAAAGUGUUAUGUUUAAGAAGUAUUGGCUACAUUAACAAAAGGCCCCAGCUAAGACUGAAAUUCUGCAACACAGACAAUUCAAUCUGAUAGUUCAAUUUUAGUUAAUCCCCUCAUUAGUUUAGGUGUACUCAAAUAUAUAUAAGUGAUUGUGAUAGUAUGAUACAACAUGGCUAUGCUAAUAAGACAAUAGAUUAUAGUUUGUUUCACCCAGUGGCUAUCUAGGGUAUAUAAAUAACAAGUUUGAUGCAUCGAAUUUAAGUUGUAUUGUCAACAUUUUGUACAUAUUCCUUGGGGUCUAAAAGGCCAUAUUGAAACAAUUAAUCACAAAAAAUAUAUAACUAUUUGAUGUUUGUUGCCAUUGCACUCUUACUUUUACAUGUGCAAAUGUCAAAUUGCAAUGUUGCUUUUCAGGUGAAUUACUACAUUGUGGCCUUUCAGGAUCCCCUUAACUGAAUUUGCUGUAAAUAAUUUCUGCUAUUAUGACGCCAUGAUUUCUUUGUUCUAAUGAUAUUGUUGUGGAGUAUAUUUUUCUUACUAACAGUAGUUAGGUUCUGAACAAUAUUACGAAUUAUGAACUAAGUAGGUAGAUAUUCUACUUAAUGAAAAUCUUUUGAUGUAACAAAUUACAUAUUAGGUAUUUCACAUGAAUAAACUGAUGAGAAGGAAACAUUGUUAUUGCUCAUAUCUAUAGUUUCGAUACUUCUAAUAUUAUUAGAAAUUAGUGUUGUCUAUUUUAAUGUAUCUUGUGUUGUCAUAUAUUUAUUCUCUAAUGUAUAAUUUACGAACUGUUGGUGCGACGCUAAUGAACUAUGUUUUCUUCUCAAGAUAUACAAUUUACUGAGAAUAAUAUCAUUAGGAUUAAUGUAGUUAAACUUCGUUAAAUUUACGUGUGAUUUCAGUUAUUAGACUUCGUUUACGGCUUAAACUGAUUGUAAAUAUACCUAUAAGUUUAGUUUUAAGUAUCGUAAAUGAAUAAAUACGUUGAAAACGA